AUGCAGGUCCUAGGAGACAAGAUGCAGGUCCUAGGAGACAAGAUGCAGGUCCUAGGAGACAAGAUGCAGGUCCUAGGAGACAAGAUGCAGGUCCUAGGAGACAAGAUGCAGGUCCUAGGAGACAAGAUGCAGGUCCUAGGAGACAAGAUGCAGGUCCUAGGAGACAAGAUGCAGUGUGGAGGGGUAAGACAGUGUGGCCAGGGGCUAAGACAGUGUGGCCAGGGUGUGACAGUGUGGCCAGGGUGUGACAGUGUGGCCAAGGAGUUAGACAGUGUGGCCAUGGGUGAUUAUUUUACCUUUACAGUGGAGCCAGCAGUGCCAGUGGGUGAGGAGCGAGGCAACGGGCGGGUAUUGGAGAGUGCGGGAGCGGCAGUGAGGGCAGGGAGGCCGCCCGUGAAUGGGGGCGGACUGCCAGAGACCCACUGUAAUGAAAUCAACGCCCGCGAUACUCAGUGCUGGAACGGUCUACGCGUAGCUCCGUACACUAAGACUACAGCGGGUGUGGGUGUAAGCGCUCAGAAGUAUAACCCAGAGGUUCGCAUUGAACGACCUGACACGUCCGUCUACACCCUCGCUGACAAGCUGCGCAGCGUCCGGCGGCUGGUGUUGACCCAGAUGACUUGGCUUCCUAAGGCUGAUGCUCGCCAUGGACACAGUGAUGGUCAUGCCACUGAUGGGUCUGGCUCAGGGGUAGACGGCUCAAUGGACUCUCACAGCCGGAGCAACCACCCAAGUGAAGAUGAUGACGAGUACUACAACGAGUACUAUGACGACUAUUACGGUGGACAAGGAGGAUCUGGCAUGGGCUCUGGAGAUCUUGAAAGUAGUACAAUCGUCCCCCGAACGGAUGCAUCAUUACCAGAGAAUCCAAAUUCAACUGCCCAACACGGAAGCAGUAUGAUAGUGUUGCUAUUUACCCUUGCUACUGCUGUCUAUGUUUUCUAUGGCUAAUACUUCCCACAAAUUUGCUCCAAAAAUACCUCAGAUGACUCCAUUGAAUGUUCCAACAAAGCUGUAAAUGGUUUAACAUCAUAGAAAUCAGUACCGGUGUACUUGAGGAUCACCACCGCAGCACAAUAAUACUCGUAGGCUGGGUUCAGAGUCACUGCCUUACAAGUUCUAAUGCUGCACAAGGUUGAAACUUCUUCAGCCUCACAGCUUUCAUAAAUUAAUCAUGGUUGACAUUCAUGUAUUCAGCACAGUUUAUUUUUCAUGAUUGCAACUGUAAAUACAGCUAAUGUUUCAAUGUAGAUAGGAAUGAAAAUUAGUUUAUUGAAGGAAAAAAAAAGCAGAUUUUCCGAUGAUAUUUUACCUGAAUAAAAGUGGCGGCGAAAAACAUUGUUUGGGGUUUGUUAUGAAAGUAUAUUUAGAAAUUACAAGGAGUUGUAUUUCACACUUUAUCUCUUUUUAGGUGCAGUAUAUUUUUUGGUCUAAGUUUUUGUAUUCUGAUCUUUUGGGUCUGUGUUGCUACUACUGUGCUAUGCCAGAACCUUUUGUAUGUGAGGAUUAAAGGAAGAUUUUAUUGUGGUUCUUAACCUGGUCAUAAAAGUUACGCUAAUAAAAAGUAAAGGGAUAAUUAUUAAUUUGGAGCAUCUAACAUAACUUCUGUUAGAAAGUUUGUAUGGUGGGUUUGACCUUCUUGCUCUGUUUGGUCGACAAUAUAAGUGAAUGCAUAAUGUGUGUUCAAGUAGUUGAUUAUUAAAGGCAGAUGAGAUGCUACAUGUAAUCAAAAUUAGGCAUCAAAUCAAUGUUCAAGCAGACACCUUCACUUUAUGGGUGAAUAUGUGACUUAGAGAAAUGCAUUAUUUUCCCCUGCUUGUCAAGCAGAAAAUAACUGCAUUUCCUGUGUUCAUUUUAGUGGCUUUUCUUAUGAACGUUUUUUUUUUUAUCUUUUUCUUUCGGCUUAUUUUCUUACAUUAUUUUUAAUAGUUUUUUAUUAUGACCAAUUAUUUUUCUUAUUUUAUACGUAAGUUGGUUCAGGUGGUGCAGGAAUCAUUUGAACUCUUUUAUGAUCACUACAGUAUGUUCUUGAAGUCAGAAACUUGUGGCAGAUAUCACAUGUAUUCUCUAAUAUCCAUUUGCAUUUGAAAGAAAUUCAAUAUACUGUAUAGAUAUUUAAAUCUAAACAGGAUAAGAUAGUAUGAAUUAUUUUUCUGUAUCCAUCAUUUUGCUUGAGGUGUGUGUGUGUGCUCCAUGCUAGAUCACCUCCAAACUUUAUUGGCUGUUCACAAAAUUACUAAACUCCUGUUCUCUCUAUUGUUUUCUUUGGUUCUUCUUCAAGAUAGGUUUUGUUUAUAGUUUCAUGUUUUGUGUGUCAGAAGAUAUUACAAUUCCUGCUUUAAAAAGGAAAAUUAGAACCAGUCAGUAUGAUAGUAAUGUGCUAAUACCUUAUGAAGUACUUGAUAUGAAGUACCACAGGGAAAUCCACACCAUUUUUAUAUUAUAAACAGACUGUCUUGCAAGAUAUAAGUUGCUGCAAAAAUUAACAAGAAUAGUAUUCUUAUACUCCAGUUCAUGGUGAUAGAAUCCAUCCAACAAUCAGGCAGAGUUGGUUGGAUAUUGUAUAGGGGUGUUCACUAUUGUGUCAGAGCUUCUGUAAGUGGCAACACCAUAGUAAUACAGUAUUUACACUCCCAGUCAAGGCCCUAGACAGGGUGAGACCUUCCUGCUGGGGUAACACCCCAGCAGUUUUGUAUAGAAUAUUGUUGAAUGUAAAAGCAAAGUUUGCAUAUUCAUUAGUUGCACAGAAAUUAGGUGAAACAUAUUGAAAUUACUGUAAAGAUUUUCCCUGAACAUGCACUGUACGUUCUUAAUUUCCACUUGCAAUAUCACAUACAACAUUCAUAACAAAAACAGCUGAAUUAGCUGGUUAAUUUUAAAAAUUUUAUCCAUAAAUCUUUAUUAGAAAACAUUCCAUCUUUAUUAAUCAAUAGGCCACCACACAUAUAUAGGUAUAAAAUAUGUUGUGUUGGUAGUAUUCAGUAGGCUUUUAUCUCACUUUGGGUGAGUUUUGACACUGGUGUCAUGAGAUCACUGACUGUACCUAUAAAAAUGUAACAAAAUAGGAGCAAGUAAACUGUGUUGUUUAUGUAUCAAUUUAUUUAAAAGGAGCUCUUUAUUAUAAUUGGUCACCACAAAACAGAGGUAAAGAUCUCUAUUUACUAUUCAUACAUUGGGGGUUGAAACACCAAGGUGGAUUGGCGGGUUGACCCAAGUAGCUUACAAGGACUCAACUUCAUGAAAAUAAGAAACCAUUUUUUUUUUGUAGUCUUACACAAAUACUAUUAUGAUAUUUAAGUAUGUUUUUAUUAAUAGGUCACUUUUACUUUAAUACCUUAAAUCCAUAGGAAAUAUCCAAGUUUCAUUCAGCAAAUGUAAGCCUCUUUUGUAAUUUUUUAAUGUAGAACAUAUUACUUAUUAGGUCAGAGAAGUCUUCACUAUAAUAUUAUUUAUUUAUAUACAAUAUUUUUGUCGAAGCUUCUACCUUGUAAUAUGUAAAUCACAUAGUCUUGUGUCAACAGCAAAAAGUAAUUCCUGUACAUGUACAUGGUUAAUGUGGAAGUAAUAUGUCCUUUGAUGAAAAAUAUUUGUUCUGGAUUUUAUUGUGAAUCAGUUUGUUAUUUAAACAAUCUCCUGACUGUACAGAGGACUCUCCCUGUGUAGUUUAGACAGAUUUUCAAGUAAAAUACCGGUAAGCUUAUCAUCUAUUCAUUGUUCAGUCAGUAAUGGGUCAAGAAUUGCAGUGAAGUUUUCCUAGGAAAGAAAACAGACAUAUGGUAGAUAUUACAACAGAAGUAAGCAUCAUAUUCAAUGGUCUUAACACUCACUACCAUGAUUUGAAUGUGGUAACUAAAAUUUUUUUUAAAGUGUUUUGGGAAAAAUUAUUUAACAAUUUUGUAAACAAUCAAUGAAUUGCUGUAUAUUUAAGCAGCCGUACCUUAACCCCAUCUUCUAAAUUUUUUAGAAACAAUUUGUUCUUAUUAUGAAUUCAUACAUCUGGUAUAUUUAAAGCUUUAAACACCGCUGUUUUACUGUUAGUUUGCAUAUGUUACCAUGACAGAAUUGUUUGAAUUAAACCCAGUUUACAAACUUAUAGGUUUGGGUAAUUGUUGCUGCAGCACUAGCAAUACAAUCUUUUAAUUAGGUGACCUAGGAUGGGCGAGUAGGGAGAGAGCCUACCAUAGUUAAAUGGGCCACCCCUUUCAGUAUAAAAUAAUAAAAGAUAAAAAAAAAUCACACUCACAACACCUCUUUAAUUUGAAAAAAUAUUUGCAAAGGAUUAUGGUAUAAAGUUCACUGAUUUAUCAAUCACCCUCUAUAAAACUUGUUGAUUGCUUCAAACAUUGUGUUGCAUAUCCCCAAAAUUUAAUGUCAGUCAACCUCUACUAAACACUUUUAUUUAUGUUUGUUUGCUUCUUCAGCUUUAUAAAUUAAAGGAUCAAAAGAGAUUCCUGUAAUGUUGAUAACAGUUGUAUAAAAAUACAUACAAAGUUUUUAUUAACAAUGAGUCGAGAAGUGUUCAUACUCUCACAGCCCCAAAUUUUCUAGAUAAUCAGAAUUACAAAUAAUGAAAGACAAAUUAGAGAGGUCACACUAACACACACUCACAUAUAUAUAUAUAUAUAUAUAUAUAUAUAUAUAUAUAUAUAUAUAUAUAUAUAUAUAUAUAUAUAUAUAUAUAUAUAUAUAUAUAUAUAUAUAUAUAUAUAUAUAUAUAUAUAUAUAUAUGUAGACUGAUGAAAUUAUAAAUGCUAUAUUCCAAUAAUAUUUACAAUAUAUAGUCAUCCACAUCCAUCUGUCAAAACUCUAUGUACAUGUUCUUGUAAAAUACUUGUAUGAAUAAUUCUUAAAAUAUGGUUACAUGUGCACGACAUACUACUGGAUCUGACUGACCACAUAUCUCAUCUUAGGGAAAUCUGUUCUACUUGAGAGAAAAGUGUAAAUAAGAUUUAUUUUUUAGUCCCCCCAUUGUUGAUAGUUAAAGCUAGAUUACUUGCAGUGUCUGGGGAUUGCACCCUGGCCAGGUCUGCAAUGCUUGCAGAGCUUAACAUCUAAAUUCCAAAUAUUUUACUUAUGGAAAUGUGCGAGUCAUUUUUUUAUAUUUGUCAUUGAAUAAUCUCUUUUUUUUUUUCUUUUUUUUUGUGGUGUCUGAGAGAGAGAGUGGUGCUUGCUCCUUUGGUUUAUGAUUAGUCAUUAUUAUUGUAUGAGUAAUUUUGUAGAUCAUCCUGUAAGCGUGCAAGUGUUUGUUUUGGAAUCCUAACAAAACAAUUAUGAAUGAUUUUUUUUUCAUACUGCAUACAGUUAGGACAAAAUUUAAGUAACAUGCUAAUACUAUAGGGCUUCUGCUGCUGUAUUAUUUAGCAAAUUAGAUAAAAUGUGAUAAAUAUAUUUAUGAGUUUAAAUAAUAUAAGUGAAGCCUUUUUUUUUUUUUUUUCCAUAGAAUAAACUUUUAAGAUUAAGAAUGCUUUGGGAGUACAGUACUGUAUUUAGCUUGUGAUGUGAAUAAAUGGUUUUAUCAUAAUGUAAAGAAUGCAUCAUGUAUGUACGUAUCUGGGAACAGAGUAUUGUAGAAUAGUUUGCCCUCUUGUUAUUGGUUGCUCAAGACUUACAUCUCUAUAGAGUAAUCAUUGAAAUAUUUCUGAACAUUUCACCAUGUAGUUUGCUUUGUGUUGUUAACAGUGAUUUUCAUUAUGCCCAACUACAGUAGAGGAUUUGAUCUUAUUCAGUUGCAUCUGUGAAUAGCAUCAAAGCUUGUAGUAGCAUCGUUAGUGCUUAGCUCUGCAAGCUGUCAGCAGAUUGUUGGCUCUAUAUUAACCUUACCAAACUGUGAUAAAAAUACAGAAAUGCUGGUGUUUCUCUACAUUUAUGUCGGUAAAAAUGUGCCAUGUACGUAAUGAAACAAAAUUGUGAUCUUCUUUAUCAUUGAACUGUCAUUAAUUGAGUCUUGACUUUUACUUGUAUCAUUUAGGUGAGCUUGGAGUACAGUUUUCCUUUACUCUCAUACUAAUGGCACAUUUUUGUUGGCCACCAUCUUAUGUUAGAGCACAAGAGUCAUAAUAGAUAUACAGUAAUGAUGUUUGACUCUUCCAAUGAUGUUAGACUUGCAUUAGAAAGGGCAUUAACAUUACUGAUGAAAAAUUUUCUGCAAGUUUUCAUAAUGAUUGAAAGGGAAGCUAGUCAUUGGUUGAUGUUGCAAAAUGAGAAUAAAUUCCAAAAGUUGUGAUACAUUAUUCAUAACUGUCCACACCCUCCAGUUGUUAGCGGAGUCAUAUAAACAUUUGAUAAUUAUGGGCAACAUAGGAUUGAUUUAUGAUGCUGUGAAUGUUGAAAUAGAUUUGAGCAUGAUAGUGAUGAUUUUAAAUUAGAUCUUGAUGAUGUCUAUAUAUAAUAUAUGAAUUUAAUGGAAUUGUAUGCUGAUAGCAUGUUUUAUAACUAAGCUAUAAGGAAAUUCAGUUUUUGUCAUGUACUGUACUCAUCCUUUGAAUGGUACUCUACCAGUAACAACAAAUUAUAAUAUUAUUCCAGGAAAUGUUUUAAAGUGAAUAUAGUACUUCUAUUUUGCCUUAUUUGAGGCUGUUAAGAGUUAGCUAUACUGUUUAGUGGACAAUUAUCAAAUUCAUGGGAAUUCAACAACAUAGAAGUUGAUGAAUUAUCCAGCAAAAUUUUGCCGUUUCUUGAUCUGUAAGUCUUGCCGGCAGUACACUGUCAUCAUUCAAUUUCUGGCCGAAUAUCCCAAAUACUGUAUGGGAAAGACUUGUGGGAUGUUACUCCUUGGUGGUUAAGAAUUUGUUUUCAUCGUUGUAGUUAAUUUCAUUUCAUAAAAAAAAACCUAUAGCCUUCAUCACCUGAAGUGAGAUUGCUGAAAUUGUUCAUUGGAACCAGGGCCCUAAAAUUUAGACUUUUGUGAGGCAUCAACAUCAUCCAAAAGAUGAGUAAGGUGAUAUGAAACUAAUAACUGUGUGUGUGUUGAUUGUAGACACCAUCAAAUAAAACUUGUCCAGCACAGGUUCAGCAUUAUGUUAAAUGGAUUUAUUUAUUAUCAAAAUUUUAGUUGAUUAUAGGAAGUGGAAGGUUGUAUAUGGAUUUAAUCUACAAAUUGUUGAGUAAUUAAUAAUUAAAACAAAAUAAAUUGCAAUAAUUUACAACUGUUAUUCUCCAGAACUGAAAAUUCAGCAUUUAUGCAGAAAAAGCAAUGAGUAAGUAAGUAAAGAAAUUAUUUCAUUUGAUUAUAUAUGUAUCACUGAAGUUAUGUAUUGGAGAGGAAUAAGUAAAGUAUGUGAAAAGGCCCUUGUAGAGUAACACACUUUGCACCAUAAGACUAGGGGCACCAGCUUACCAUGAGCUUGUAUAUUCAUGGUCGUAUUGAUCUUAUUUUGUCUGAAGUAUCUGUGCCAUAUUUACGUGCAGCAAAUAUAAUUGUAUUCAUUGUUUCAUAGAUAAUUAGGAUCAAAUUAGUCCUCACUGUGAGGUGUUAAUAUAGUUCUGAUUAGCUAUACAUUGAGUCCACUUCUAGCAAAUAUAUAAGACAGUAUUGGAUACUUUGUAGGGUUAACAGAUAUUAUAUAUUAAUUGUUAUUCUGUGAUUUGUGACUAUAAGUGUUAAUGAAAAAUUAUGUUUUAUCUGUGUACUGGUACUGUGGAAUAUGCAGGUAGUGUAUAAAGGUAAUUAAAAUCAAUAGAAAUUUAUAAAGGCUAUUGAUGUCAAAUAUUGUAUACAGAUGUUGGGGUAGUUUAAUGUAUUCUCCCAGAGACAUCACAUCUUUCUCUCUUAUAUAAUACAACUUUGUACUAGGAAUGAUCUGCACAAACUGCAUAUAUGUCAACUUUCAUGCAAUAAGAUAUGAAUUUGCUAGGAAUAUAGUUUAUGACUUUACAAGCCUGCUUAUUUGAUUGAACAUAAAUAUAUUAUUUAAUUCUC